CCCACAUGCACCACUCACAGCAAAGCCUCUUAUCCUAAUAACCACCAAAAUUCCAAUUUCAAACCCCAUCCAACACCGCCACUCUCAUGGCUGAAAAGAGGCCGGAGAAUAACGGUGCCGCCACCAUCGAAUCCCAACUACCCACACCCAUUAAACCAAAGAGAAACAAAUAUGCUUUGGCUUGUGCUUUCUUGGCUUCCAUGACCUCCAUCUUACUUGGAUAUGAUAUAGGAGUAAUGAGUGGAGCCAUAAUCUACAUAAAGAAAGAAAUACAUAUGAAUGACGUACAAAAGGAGGUGAUAAUGGGAAUUCUCAAUAUCUACUCGCUUCUCGGCUCCGCCGCCGCCGGCCGGACCUCCGACUGGCUGGGCCGCCGCUACACAAUCGUCUUCGCCGGAGCUAUUUUCUUCGUGGGCGCCCUGCUCAUGGGAUUCGCCACCAACUACGCCUUCCUCAUGGUUGGCCGCUUCGUUGCCGGCAUAGGCGUCGGCUAUGCGCUCAUGAUAGCGCCCGUCUACACGGCGGAGGUCGCCCCGGCCUCCGCCCGCGGCUUCCUCUCUUCCUUCCCGGAAGUCUUCAUCAAUUUUGGCAUAUUACUCGGCUAUGUUUCAAACUACGGCUUCUCAAAGCUCCCCACCAACAUAGGAUGGCGACUCAUGCUCGGAAUCGGCUGCAUCCCGGCCGUCUUCAUCGCCAUCGGGGUCCUCGCAAUGCCGGAGUCCCCUCGCUGGCUCGUGAUGCAGGGCCGCCUCGGCGACGCCAAGCGCGUCCUCGACAAAACCUCCGACUCCCCCGGGGAGUCCAAGCAGCGCCUCGCCGAGAUCAAAGAAGCCGCCGGCAUCCCCGAGCACUGCACCGACGACGUCGUGGCCGUCUCCAAAAAGAGCCACGGCAGCGGCGUCUGGCGCGAGCUCCUCCUCCACCCCACCCCCGCGGUCCGCCACAUCCUCAUCUGCGGCGCCGGCAUCCACUUCUUCCAGCAGGCCAGCGGCAUCGACUCCGUUGUCCUCUACGGCCCGGACAUAUUCAAGAAGGCCGGGCUUAAGUCCGACACCGACCGACUGCUGGCCACCAUGGCCGUCGGAUUCACCAAGACGAUCUUCAUCUUGGUGGCCACGUUUUAUCUGGAUAAGGUGGGGAGGCGGGCGCUGCUCCUGUCCAGCGUGGCAGGGAUGAUCGUGUCGAGCAUGGCGCUGGGGAUAUGGCUGACCGUUGUUGACCAAUCGGAUCGGAGGGUGGUGUGGGCCCUAGCGCUCUCCAUAGCAAUGGUGUUAACCUACGUGGCGUUCUUCUCCAUCGGGAUGGGGCCCAUCACGUGGGUCUACACCUCGGAGAUAUUUCCUCUGAGGCUGCGGGCGCAGGGUGCGAGCAUAGCUGUCGCAGUGAAUCGCGUCACCAGCGGAGUGAUUUCAAUGACGUUUAUAUCCCUGCAUAACGCGAUUACGUUUGGAGGGGCGUUUUUCCUCUACGGUGGGGUUGCGGUGGUGGCUUUUUUGUUUUUUUACACUUUGUACCCUGAGACGCAGGGGAAGACGCUGGAGGAGAUGGAGGGCUUGUUUGGCACAUUUUUUAAAUGGAGGACUACGCUUAAGGAAUUUGACGAGAAGAAGAAGAAGAAGAGCAGCGAAAUCCAAAUGCGGAAUUGAAUUUAUAGAUAGGUAGGGCUCUGGCGAGGGCAAAUGUGUCAUUUCACUUGAGUGUGUUGUUUUGCUCUAUUUGUGGGGCUUUACAUGAAUAUCAUAAUAGUACUAAUAAUCUUCUAAAAUGUGUAACAGUGAGGUAGUGAAAAAUAUAUACGCCGUAUACAUUUUGUUGAUCCAAGAAUAUUCAAAAGUGUCUAUUAUUGAACUGA